UUUAUCGAAAGUUCGCUUCGGCUUCGUCGAGUGCUCAUUUCUUAACCAGCAAGACACGAUCUCUCAGUUUUCUAGCUUUCUCCCAACAGGCCCCUAGAAAUUAACCAAAAGCCUAAACCCUCAUUUCAGAAAUUUGCCUCAAUUUAGCUAAUUUUAACCCGAUUUUUCUUUAAUUAUUAUCCAAUUUGGACUCUGUUAUAUCCGUGUUGGCUUUGAUCAAUGGGUCGCGACGCGAACUCUAAGUCUCUAGGACCGGGAUUCAGAUUUCACCCGACCGAUGAGGAGCUGGUACGAUACUAUUUGAAGAGGAAGAUUCUGAACAAGCCGCUCCGGUUCGACCCGAUAUCCGUCAUCGAUAUCUACAAGUCUGAGCCAUGGGAUCUUCCUGAUAAGUCGAGGUUAAAAAGUAGGGACUUGGAGUGGUUUUUUUUCAGUAUGUUGGAUAAAAAGUAUGGCAAUGGAUCGAGGACAAAUCGAGCCACUGAGAAAGGUUACUGGAAAACCACUGGAAAGGAUCGAGCUAUAUAUCAUGACACUCGGAUUGUUGGAAUGAAGAAGACCCUUGUUUAUCACAUAGGUAGGGCUCCACAUGGUGAACGCACCAAUUGGGUCAUGCAUGAGUACCGGCUGACCGAUGAGGAGUUGGAGAAAGCUGGAGUUGCACAAGAUGCAUUUGUUCUCUGUAGGAUAUUUCAGAAGAGUGGAUCCGGGCCAAAGAAUGGGGAGCAGUAUGGGGCACCAUUUAUUGAGGAGGAAUGGGAGGAUGAUGAGGUGGUUGAGGCAGCUUUUAUGCCAGGUCAAGAGAUGCUGGCUGAUGAAAUAGCAGUUGGUGAUGAUGCAUAUUUUGAAACGAAUGACCUUGAUCAGAAACUUGAUUCCACCAACCAUUCUGACAAUGCCUUUCCUCCGUCAAACUUUUAUUAUGGGAAUUCAAGCAAUCAUGUUGAGCAUUCUGAGAACUUGAGCGAUUUUGAUCAGAAGCCCAUAACAGUCCUUGGUGAAACACUGGUUCCACAGCUGCAAGUUGAGCAGAAUCUCGGUGAUUUACCAGAGCAAUACGAGAUCAAUACAAGAGCAGUGGAAAAUGAAUAUAUCAUUGAAUCAAACAACAAUGUUGAUCCUGGUGAUGUUAACUAUUUGCUUGAUGAGCCUUACUUGGAUGCAACUGAUAAUCCACCUUUCAAUGAUGGGUUAUUCCUGGAAACUAAUGAUCUUUUAAAUAAUAUCAAGGCAGAUUCAGGAGGUUUUGACAUGGUGGAUGAGUACCUUAAUUUCUUUGAUGCUAAUGGUGACAACUCAGAAUAUCUCACUUUUGAUGCUUCUGAAAUUAUGGAGGGCGGAAAUGAAGUUUCUGACCAAACACCACUCUUAAACCUCAAGCAGGUGAAUGGAGAUACUGAGCAAAUGCCCAUGGCAAGCCAUAUGUCUGAAACACAUGGUAGCAAUGAGGCAUCUACUUCAAAUCAAAAGCCAGAGACCACAGAAUUUGAAACAGAUACCAAGUAUCCAUUCCUUAAACGGGCCAGUCAAAUGUUGGGUGGCAUUCCUGCACCUCCUGCCUUUGCUGCUGAAUUCCCAACAAAGGAAGCAGCUAUUCGGCUCAAUUCUUUGGCACAAUCUUCUGGCUCUGUUCGUGUUACGGCUGGUAUGAUCAGAAUAAGGAACAUGACUUUAACUGGCACUGGGAUGGACUGGUCAUUGGGCAAAAAUGGGGAUGUCAAUAUUGUAUUUUCAUUUGACAUGUUGCAAAGUGAUGUCACUUCAGCCAACUCAGUGGCUUCUGGUAAGACGAGAGGAUUGGUGGUUUCCUGGAGCUUGUUCUUCUUGUUGUGCAUUUGGGUCCUGAUUCUUACAGUGAGUUAUAAUACGUGUACCCAUUUAUUCUCCAAGUGAAGCAGCGUCAAAAGAACCGGUAUUGUUGGUUGAAGGUUAGGUUAGGUUAGUUAGUAGUGAAAACUGGUUAUAGAUUAAUUUAGACAGCACUUUGCUGCAGAUAUGUCAUUUAAUUAAAUGUCAACUUGUGUCAACUGCCAAACUGAAAUGGCUUCUUAUACCUAUAUUUUUCCACUGUAAUCUUCACAAUCAUGCAUUUGUAGUCAUAUAGCAGAAUCUUUUGUUUUUUGGAUGCUAGAUGUGUUCCAAGGUUUUGAAAUA